AUGAUACUCCUCUUACUCUCAAUAACCCUCCCAAUAAUCCUCAUCCCUUACCUCCUCCAGAAAACCCUAAAACCACCAAAAUCCCCCCUCCCACCCGGCCCGCCUCCCCUCCCGCUGAUCGGAAACCUCCACCAACUCGCCACCGCCACGAACCUCCACUUCUACCUCCACAAACUCUCCCAAAAAUACGGCCCCAUCAUCCACAUGAAACUCGGCCCCACCCCUCUCCUAGUAGUCUCCUCCCCUAAACUAGCCGAACAAGUACUCAAAAAUCAAGAUUCAUCCUUCUGCAGCAGACCAAAAUCUUUAGGAACACAAAAACUCUCCUACAACAACUCCGACAUUAUCUUCUCUCCAUACAACGACUACUGGAAAGAGAUGAGAAAGAUCACAUCCAUUCACCUCCUAAGCCCAAAGCGCGUCCAAUCGUACCGCCCCAUCCGGGAAGAUGAGAUCUCCAAAAUGAUCUCGAAGAUCCGGAGCUUCUCCCACGCCCGGGAGGCCGUGAACUUGAGCGAGACGCUUGUGAGUUUCGGCUGCAAUUUGAUAUGCCGAGUUGCCUUCGGGAAGGAAUGUUCUGGAAGGUUCUACGAGCUUCUAGAAGAUGUGCAGGCCGUGGCGGCUGCAUUCUAUGUGUCGGAUUACUUUCCGGCCUUCGGAUGGGUUGACCGGCUCACCGGGAUGCUGACGAAGCUCGAGGUCACGUGCCGGGAUAUGGAUACGUUUUAUCAGGAGCUGAUCGAUGAGCAUCUUGGCCGGAGAAGGGAGGAGACGGCGGCGGAAGGUGGUGACAUUCUUGAUUUGUUGAUUGAUCUCAAAUUGGAGCAAAAGAUAAAUUCCGUUGAUUUUGGAUGGGAUCACGUCAAAGCUAUGUUGCUGGAUAUAUUUGUAGCCGGAGCAGAAACAGGUUCAGCCACAAUUAUUUGGACGAUGGCAGCUCUAGUGAAAUCACCCAACAUUAUGAGCAAGUUACAAAAUGAAAUCAGAAGUUUGAUAGGAAAAAAGGGCAAAGUAGAUGAAGAUGAUUUGCCCAAACUCCCAUUUCUAAAAGCAGUAGUAAAUGAAAGCAUGAGAUUGUACUCUUCUGGUCCACUGCUUAUACCAAGAGAAACAAUAGAGAGAUGCAAUCUAGAUGGCUUCCAAAUUCAACCAAAAACAACUGUUUUUGUAAAUGCAUUUACAAUUGCAAGAGAUCCUAACUCUUGGGAGAAUCCUGAUGAGUUUGUGCCUGAGAGGUUCUUGAAUAAUGGUAUUGAUGGCAAAGGGAAAGAUUUUGAGUUUAUUCCAUUUGGAUCGGGGCGAAGAAUGUGCCCUGGAAUGGGCAUGGGACUUCUGAAUGUGGAGCUCGCAGUUGCAAAUCUAAUCUAUAGUUUUGACUGGGAAUUGCCUCCGGGGAUCCGUGAGGAUGAUGUGGAUAUGGUGCCUUUGCCUGGACUCGCGGUGAAGAAGAAAAACGCGCUUUGUGUCGUGCCUAAAAGUUAUGCUGUUUAG